CACUUCAAGAAAUUUUACCGUUACCUAUCAUUGUUACCCAAGAUGAACAUAAUAAAAAUGUAUAUCAUGCUGAAAUUAAAUGGCAUGGCCAUGGAAUUUCUCCUGACGUUGACGCAACCGAUGGGAGAGGAGUUUACUCUGAUUUCAAACAUACAUUUACGUUGACAGUUCCAAAAAACGUAACGACUGUGAAUUGUGUAAGAGGAGUUCUUGAUGGCUCAGUUUUUAAACAUGCUUUCUCGUUCGAAAAUCAUGAAUAG